AUGAAAAGACAGAUUUUUCUCGGUGGAGAAGAAAAUCCCGAAAUGGGAUCGCCAGGUCAAUUGCUCAGUGUAAUGGCUUGCGUCGUACAAGACAGUCGCGGAACUGAAAUUGACACAACGAAAAUAGCCGAAGUGGAAGCGGAAGUCACAGGGGGUUUUAAAACUGGAGGGCACGGUAGAAUCGGUUUGAAGGUGGUUAAGUUGGCUUCUUGA